AUGGAUACAGAUGAGGAUGAUUCAAGAGAUGAUUCACCCGUUUUUUGUCGAUCACAAUCACAUCCUGGGGAUGAUCCAUGUCGUCAGGUUGAACGACCACAUUUUCUACAGCUUCCCGGAGACAAGAACGCGGCCAAGAAACGGUCGCUGUCACUAGGGCAUCGAACUGUGAAGAAUGCUCUUGUACGUUCUAAAACACCGAGUGGAGAAACAAAGUCAUCAGUGCUGUUACCUAGGAGACGGCGCUGCAAAUCUUUGGAGCGACCACAUAGAUCUUCAGAUAAUUUUGUGUCACCACAUCUUGCCCAAUCAGCUCCUACCACAUCCGUGAUAUUGGAGUGGGAAGAGUCUGCCGCUACGCGUAGUGAAUCUGAAGAUAGCGAAGACGAUGAACCACCUAAGAGGACAAUGUUUGAACUGAUAAUGAACAACACGCUUGCAUUUGGUAUUGAAUAUUGUUACGCCACAGAAACAGCCUUAGUGACUCCGAUAUUACUGCGUAUCGGUCUACCAGAUUCACUUUAUAGUUUAACGUGGUUCAUAAGUCCAAUUUUAGGGUUUAUAUUCCAGCCUGUGAUUGGCUCUACAAGUGACAGGUGCACUUGUAGCUGGGGUCGUCGCCGGCCAUUUGUGUUCGCUUUAUGUAUUGGUGUUAUGAUAGGAUUAACUCUCUUACUAAACGGCAAUGAUAUCGGAAAAGCAAUCACUGAACUACAAACUGAUAAUGUUGCCAGCAUAGUACUGACCAUAGUCGGAGUUGUCAUGUUGGAUUUCUGCGCAGAUUCUUCGGAUAGUCCCGCGAGGGCCUAUAUGAUUGAUGUGUGUAACUCGGAUGACUUAGAGAAAGGAUUAAAUCUGCAUGCAAUGCUUGGAGGUCUUGGAGGUGGUAUCAGCUACAUUAUGGCCGGCAUCAGCUGGGAAAAAACAAAACUGGGUCAACUUCUUGGAGGUCAUUACAGGGUCGUUUUUAUAUUUAACAUAAUUGUAUGUUUUGUAACAUUUUUGCCAACGCUCUUCAGUAUCAAGGAAAUUCCGCUGAAAUCAAGUUCUUCUGCUUUGAAAGCAACAGAAGAGUCCUCACUGCCGACUUCAAUUGGACCUAGUUCAACAUACGGCAGCAUUAAUCAGACACCUGAACUUAUUGUGGAAGUUAAUCAUUAUGAUCGCCGCAAUAGUUACCAUGGUUACACAGAAUCUGAGGAAACACCACUACCUCCAAGGACGUUGUCAGAUUCUGAUAGUGACGAUGACCAUUCAAAAAAGCAUGUCACUCGGUCAAGAACUCGGACUCGGUCAUCGUCAAGUAGGACAGACUCGCCCGAAGUAAAAAGGACACUUGUAAAAAUUGAUAAAAAAGUUGGUAAGAUUGAAUCAAACGUUGAAAGCAUGGAACAUUCAGUGAAAAAUAUUGAACGUAAAGUUACAGAUCUUGAGUCAUCGAUUAAAAGUUUGCAAGAUUUCUCUACAUUGCCGCCAGUAAAAGAGACACGAAGGAGCAGUCAACAUAGUUCAAAUUCCAGUGAUGAGCCAACAUCUGUAUGGCAAUUAAUGAAGUCCAUCAUUUUCAUGCCUGGGAUACUAAGACGUCUUUGUCUUAAUCACUUCUUUGGAUGGUUUGGCGUUGUUUCAUAUUUACUAUUUUUUACUGACUUUGUAGGCCAGGUUGUUUACAACGGCGACCCAAAGGCAGAACUCAACACUACAGCAAGAGACAAUUAUGAUGACGGUGUCAAGAUGGGAUGUUGGGGAAUGUGUAUAUUUGCAUUCUCAGCUGCUAUAUAUGGAUUUUUAUUUGAACGUAUAUUGAACUAUGUGAGUAUACGUACAGCGUAUGUUGGUGGUGAACUCGUAUUUGCUGUUGGUAUUGGUUUGAUGUCAAUAUUCAACAACAAUGUUUACGUCACUUUGUCCAUGUGUUCGACAGUAGGGAUUAUGUUUACAACAAUUACGACAUUACCGUUUACUAUCGUAUCAGAAUUCCACGAUUGCGAUAGUUAUGUCUAUGGAUCAGACAAAGGUGCCCGUGGAUUGGGAACCGAUAUCUCAUCAUUAAGUUGUCAAAUAUUCUUAGCACAGAUUCUUGUCUCUGUGCUUCUUGGAACUGUUAUCCGUGCCACUGGAUCUCAUCUGGCCAUAGUCUUGUUUGCUUCUGGGGCAGGCUUUCUAGCAGCAUUCUGUUCUGCCCUUAUUGUGGUGUAUGAAGUUCCUGAACCUUCAGAUGAGGUAGAACCACUUAUACGAAAUGAUGAUGCUGUUGCUUAG